AAAGUCCCAGGCCCUGGAGACCUACCAGGUUGUGUUAGGAAGCACCCAGCUGCACCAGCACACCCAGCACACCCGAGAGAUGUCCCUGAGCCGGAUUAUCACGCACCCAGACUUUGAGAAGUUACAUCCCUUCGGGAGUGACAUAGCCAUGUUGCAACUGCUGUUUCCUGUGAAUUUCACCUCCUACAUCAUCCCCGCCUGCCUCCCAGUCCCUGGCGUGCAGCUACCCAGUAACUCAUCCUGCUGGAUAAGUGGCUGGGGGAUGCUCAACGAGGAAAGGCUGCGCUGGAUGCUUGAUGUGCGUGUUGGACAGGCGAGUGGGGGAGCACCAAGCAUGGCUAUGGCCCCUGCUCCUCCACCCCCACCCCCGAGGAUGGGACCUUCGCUUUGGCUGAUGAGUGAGGGCAUUUCCAACCAGAUGGUCCUGCCCUGGCAGCAUUUUAGGACUCCAGCAGCUUUCUGGCGACCACCCACCUUCUCCCUGAGCAAAACGGGCUGCCUCCACCAGGCCUGGGGCGAUUCCGGGGGGCCUCUGGUCUGUGACUUCGCCAGUGCCUGGGUUCUGAUGGGGCUGUCCAGCUGGGGCUUUGACUGCCGUCAUCCCAUCUACCGCAGCAUCUUCACCAACGUCACCUACUUCACCGACUGGAUCGUCGAGAUCCAGAGACUCACACCUCUCCCUGAGCCCACGUCCGCUCCUUCUCAGACCCUGUUUCCAUACCAGACUCUGCAGGCUGCGCGCUCACCUGGGCCUCGCACAGUCUUUGUGCCUCCACAGAGCUGGUCCCUGCUAUUGUUCGUGCUUGGGGCCGCAUGGACAGCCCUGCAGUGAUCCCCA